CUCUCAGACUAACACACACCAGUCUCUCGCCCAUUCUCUCUCCCGCCCCAAUUUCCAAUCCCAUGGCGGCGUUUCACGGCGGCGCCUCAUGCCGUCUCUUCUCAUCGCUUCCAUAUCUCAGCUACCACCCUCUUCUUCAUCUUAAUUCUCCUUUCUCAUCGUCUCUCUUUACAACUUUCACCGCUCAAUCCCAACCCCAACAUCUCCCUUCCAAUCCCAACCAGUCUUCCUCUCUUGACGAACGCUCUGUUCUUCACGAGCUCUCCAAUCUCUUACCAAUCCCCCACCGAAUCUUACCUAUUCAACUCACUGAUUCCAAGAAUCCCGUACAGAAUUCGAAGAUUCUGGUAGAAAAUUCUAGGGCGGUGGACGGGUUUUUGUCGCCGGAGGAGAAGCUACGCGGCAUGUUUCUCCAGAAAUUGAAAGGCGUGGCUCUAAUUGAGCACGCUCUGGACAAUGCUGGUGUGGAUUUGAGCGCUGAAGUUGUUGCUAUAGUGAAUAGAGGUAGCUUAGGAGGUGAGGCCAUGCUUGUGUUCUUCAAUUGGGCGAUUCGGAACCGUAAUGAUGUUCAUGUGUAUAAUGUGAUUGUUAAAGCAUUGGGUAGGAGGAAGUUCUUUAAGUGUAUGAUGCAGGUUUUGAGUGACAUGAGGAGGAGAGGUGUGCGUGUCGAUUUGGAGACUGUUUCAAUUGUGAUGGAUAGUUUUGUGAGGGCUGGACAUGUAGGGAAGGCGAUAAGGGUGUUUAGGGAGUCGGAGGAGUUUGGGUUGGAGUGUAGUACUGAGUGUUUGAAUGUGCUUCUGCAGUGUCUGUGCUGGCGGUCUCAUGUGGUGGCUGCGAGUUCGUUUAUGAAUUCGGUGAAGGGGAAGGUGGAGCUUAGUGGCGCGACGUAUAAUGUUGUUAUUGGUGGGUGGUCGAGAUUUGGUAGAGUUGGUGAGAUGAAGAGGACUUUGGAGGCAAUGUUGGCUGAUGGGUUUAGUCCUGAUAAUGCAACUUUCAGUUACAUUCUUGAGGGUUUGGGAAGAGCUGGUUGGAUCGAUGAGGCCGUUGAGAUUUUUAAGAGCAUGAAGGGGAAAGAUUGCACGCCAGACACCGGUGCGUACAAUGCAAUGAUCUCUAAUUUUAUAUCUGGUGGGAAUAUUGAUGAAUGUGUAAAGUACUUAAAAAGUAUGUCAGGUAAUGGUUGUUAUCCAGAUGUUGAUACGUAUGCCAAAUUGAUUGCUGGUUUGCUUAAAGCUCGGAAAGUGGCGGAUGCACUGGAGAUGUUUGAUGAGAUGUUAAGCCAAGGAUUUGUUCCUACUAUGGGGACGAUAACCUCUUUUGUGGAACCCUUAUGUAGCUUUGGUCCGCCAUAUGCUGCUAUGAUGAUCUACCAGAAAGCAAGAAGGGUCGGAUGUAGAAUAUCGCUGGCUGCUUAUAAGUUAUUGCUUAUGCGUCUUUCUAGAUUUGGUAAAUGUGGAAUGUUGCUAAACAUUUGGGAUGAGAUGCAGGAAUGUGGUUAUGCUUCUGAUAUUGAAGUAUAUGAGUAUGUAAUCAGUGGACUUUGCAACAUAGGGCAGCUUGACAAUGCUGUACUUGUCAUGGAAGAGUCUCUAAGAAAAGGUUUUUGCUCAAGCAGGCUUACGUAUAGCAAACUAAGUAACAAACUUCUUGCUUCAAAUAAGUUAGAGAGGGCUUAUAAGCUAUAUCUGAAGAUUAAAGCUGCUCGUCAUUCUGACAAGGCACACAGAAUUUGGCGAGCCAGGGGAUGGCAUUUUUGAACUGACAUCUCACCAGGGCAAGAUAUAUUCAUUCUGUCCUUCCAACUGCAAGGUAAGCCCUUUCUGUUUUCUUGCUGAAGCAAAUUAAGUAUCGUUUGGUUUGGAGCUUGUUUGUCAGUUGUAUAAUUCUUACUAGUCAAGCAAAUGCUUUUGCAAAUUUUUUGGCUCCUGUUUUAUUUGUGAAUAGUUGUAAGUGCAACCCAUAUUCUGCAUAAUUACAUUUUGUUUAAGGAACAUUAUUAUAUAA